AUGUUGUUAGAUGGUAUAGAGCUUACACGUUGUCAAUUGGUCAGCUCGACAAGAACCGCUAGAAUUUACAGAUCAAAUACAUAUGCCAUCAAAUGUUUGGCACAAGAUUUCGAUAUCCCGCCACAUAAUGCCAAAUUCGAAUUAUCGAUAUUACACAAAGUGGGCACCGAAUGCCGGCACAUCUUACCACUGCUAGAGUCCAAGAUCAUCGGAGGUGAUCUACUGCUGCUAUUCCCCUUCGAAGAAAUGAAUCUUUAUGAAUUUAUGCAAUCGCAGUAUAGAAAAGAUAGAAGAAAAAAUAAUCCAUAUUAUGACUUGUUGAAUCCCACCACCGAAGCCGUUGCGAAUCCGCCAGUUGACAGAUACAUCAACCGGCUGGAUGUGAACCGGUACUGCCUGUCCUUUUUCCGGCAACUGGUGGGGGGGAUUGCAUUUUUACAUGAUAACAAGAUUAUCCAUCGUGAUAUCAAACCGCAAAACAUCAUGCUGACAACCCAGGCCGCAACGCCAGCGCCUCCACAGUUAUACAUCAUCGAUUUUGGUAUCUCGUACGACAUGGAAAGCAUGUCACAGACAAAUUUAGAGCCCAUGGAUAGUAAGAUCACUGAUAUAAGCACAGGAAUAUACAAGGCACCGGAAGUUUUGUUCGGUGUGAAAUGCUACGAUGGUGGUGUGGACGUUUGGUCAUUACUGAUAAUCAUCUCCCAAUGGUUCCAGAGAGAAACGGACCGUAUGGGGCAUGUUCCGGCGAUGAUUGACGAUGGAAGUGACGACACAAACUCGGAUGGAAGCGACUUCAGAUUGAUUUGUUCGAUUUUCGAGAAAUUGGGCAUACCAUCUAUUCAACAAUGGGAAGUGGUUGCGCAACAUGGGUCUGUUGAUGCAUUUGUCGGUAUGUUUGGUGCGGAUGGUGACGGUAACUAUAUACUGGACCAGGUAAAGGAUGUCCAGAUUAGUACAAUAAAGAAAAUCAUGCCUCGACUGGAUGAAGUUGCGGACGUGAAAGUCAAGCAAAAGUUCAUUGACUGUAUCAUGGGGAUUGUGUCAUUUUCACCAAGCGGGAGAUGGGAUUGCCAUAGAAUCUUGCAAGAGUUGGAAAAGCCAUGA